AUGGAUCGCGACAGGGACCGCGACCGCGACGGCUCCUGCGGCAAGUCCGGCGGCUGCGCGGGCAGCGCCAGCGGCAGCGGAGGCGGCGCCGGCGCCGGCGGCAAGCAGAAAGCUGGCGCCGGCCGGCAGGGCGGCGGCGGCGGGGGAAGCGGCGAUGGCGCGGGUGCGGGUCGUGGCGGGCGGUUGGGCGGCAGCAACAGCGUGGGGAAGGUGCGGCAGGGCAAGAAGGGCGAUGGAAACUGCAGCGGCGGGUCCGGCUCGUGCAACGGCGGGGGCGGAGGCGGAGGGUCAGGGAGAAACGCGGCGGCGGUGAGCAUUCACAGUGCCAUGCAGGGCGGUGGCAUGCAGAGCGCGGGGUACGUGGUGGCGGACAACCGGGAGAGGGAUAGCAAGAGGGACGGGUCUGGCGACCAGGACCGCGACCGCGACCGCAAGCGCGACGGCUCCGGCUCCAGCUCUGGUUCCUCCCAGUGCUCCCGAUCUGGCGGCUGCGCUGGCAAUGGCAGCGGCAGCGGUGCUGGUCAGCAGGGGUCGGGGCAGCAGCAGGGCCGCGGGCGUGGCGCAGGUGCAGGCAUGGGUGGUGGUGGUGGUGGUGGUGGUGGUGGUGGUGGUGGUGGUGGUGGUGGUGGUGGUGGUGGUGGUGGUGGUGGUGGUGGUGGUGGUGGUGGUGGUGGAGGACGUGCAGGCGGAGCGGGCGGCAUGAGCGGAGGGGCGGGGCGGCAGGGAGCGGCGGGACGCAUGGGUGCAGGCGCAGGGAAGGGGGCUGGCGCGGGGUUGAGGGGGAGCGGUGGGGGAGGCGGAAACUGCAAUGGAAGUGGGUCUGGGUCUGGAAACUGCAAUGGGAGUGGUGCAGUUAGGAAGGGAGGGAGGAUGGGAGGACGUGGGGGCAGUGACGACAAUGACGGUGAUGACUAG